GAGUUGGGAAAAACAAGGAAUCAUCAACUUUUGUCAUCGCCCAUCUCUUUAUUCUGAAUUAGAGUGGGAAAAGAGUGUGUUUGUGGUAGAAUAAUUUCCUAAAGCCUGUCCUGUGCACACGUGAACAAAGCCUAAAUAAUUUACAUGCAUGCAUCUGUUCCAAAUCACACACACACACACUUUGUGUGCAUCUGCGCUUAAUUCUUUUAUUACAGUGGUAUAGAUAAGCAUAGAGAGUCGUCUCUCUCUACUUGCCAAGCUUUGUUUUUUUCAGUUAUUUUGUUUCGAUUCAAAUCCAAUCAUGCAUAUAAACACGACAACAACGAACCGUCCCCACUAACUCUAACUCCUCUUUCACCCUUGCAUGCUUUCACUCCAGCUCUAGUGUGUAUACUAAUUUAGCAACCCAAGUUAAUCCACCAAUGCCGAUCAAAUCUAUUCCGCCAAUCGGAAUCCUCCUUCUUCUUCUGGCCGUAGCUGCGGCUACGGCGGAGAACAACAAGGGGACCUACAUUGUUCACAUGGCAAAGUCGGAGAUGCCGGGGGAGUUCGUGGACCACACGCGCUGGUACGACGCGUCGCUGAAAUCGGUGUCCGGCGAGGCGGAGAUGCUCUACGCCUACACCAACGUCGUCCACGGAUUCUCCACCCGCCUCACCCCCGCCGAGGCCCGCUCCAUGGAAGCCCGACCCGGUAUCCUCUCGGUCCUACCCGAAUCCAUAUACGAGCUCCACACGACCCGUUCCCCUUCCUUCCUCGGCCUCGACCAAAAUGCCGCGAUGUUCCCCGAAUCCGACUCCGCCAGUGACGUCAUCGUCGGAGUCCUCGACACCGGCGUCUGGCCGGAGAGUCCGAGCUUCGACGACACCGGUUUCUCCGCCGUGCCGAGUUCGUGGAGAGGCGAGUGCGAGAUCGGGACAAAUUUCACCAAAUCGAACUGCAAUAGGAAAUUGAUCGGAGCGAGGUACUUCGCGAGAGGAUACGAAGCCACGCUCGGCCCGAUCGACGAGACGAAGGAGUCGAGAUCGCCGCGCGACGACGACGGCCACGGCACGCACACUUCCACCACCGCCGCCGGAUCUGUCGUCUCCGGCGCCAGCUUGUUCGGAUACGCCGCCGGCACGGCCCGCGGGAUGGCGCCGCGAGCGAGGAUCGCCGCUUACAAGGUCUGCUGGAUCGGCGGCUGCUUCAGCUCUGAUAUUCUCGCCGCCUUGGAUAAAGCAAUCGACGAUAACGUGAAUGUGCUAUCGCUCUCUCUCGGCGGCGGAAUGUCCGAUUUCUUCAGAGACAGCGUCGCAAUCGGAGCUUUCGCCGCCAUGGAGAAGGGGAUCCUCGUGUCCUGCUCCGCCGGAAACGCCGGUCCUACCUCCUACAGCCUCUCCAACGUCGCGCCGUGGAUUACAACCGUCGGCGCAGGGACGCUCGACCGCGAUUUCCCGGCGUUCGUCAGCCUCGGAAACGGGAAGAACUUCUCAGGCGUGUCUCUGUUCAAAGGCGGCGCAUUGCCGGCGAAAUUGCUCCCCUUCGUUUACGCCGGAAAAGUGCGCGGGAAAAUCGUGCUGUGCGACCGCGGCGUGAAUCCUAGGGUUCAGAAGGGGUCCGUGGUGAAGGAAGCCGGCGGUCUCGGCAUGGUUUUAGCCAACACCGCCGCGAACGGCGACGAAUUAGUGGCGGACGCGCACUUACUCCCCGCCACCACCGUCGGCGAAACCACCGCGAAACAAAUCAAGGACUAUUUAUUCUCAGAUUCCAAUCCAACGGCAACGGUUCUCUUCGAGGGGACGAAAGUCGGAAUCGAGCCGUCUCCAGUAGUGGCGGCUUUCAGCUCGCGCGGGCCGAACUCGAUCACGCCGCAGAUCCUGAAGCCGGACCUGAUCGCGCCAGGUGUCAACAUCCUAGCGGGGUGGUCAGGAGCGGUGGGCCCCACCGGCCUAGCCGAGGACGCGCGGCGCGUCGGAUUCAACAUCAUCUCGGGCACGUCGAUGUCGUGCCCCCACGUCAGCGGCUUGGCGGCUCUCCUCAAGGCGGCUCACCCGGACUGGAGCCCCGCCGCGAUCAGGUCCGCGCUGAUGACGACGGCUUACACGGCUUACAAAAACGGGAAAGUGAUCCAAGACGUCUCGACGGGGAAACCGUCGACGGCGUUCGACCACGGGGCUGGACACGUGGACCCCGUAUCGGCCCUUAAUCCGGGGCUGGUCUACGAUUUGGAAACUGAGGAUUACUUGAAUUUCCUAUGCGCACUGAACUACACCGCCAGCCAGAUCAACAGCCUCGCGAGGAGGAACUUCAGCUGCGUGGCGGGUAAAUCGUAUAGUGUGAAUGACCUAAAUUACCCCUCCUUCGCAGUGAGCGUCGAGGCACGUGGCGGUGUGGUCAAGCACACGAGAACGUUGACCAAUGUGGGCCCGCCUGGGACGUACAAGGUCUCCGUGGCGUCAGAUGAUUCGGUGAAGAUCGCGGUGGAGCCGCAGAGUUUGACUUUCGGUCAAAGCAAUGAGAAGAAAUCGUAUUCGGUGACGUUCACGGCGGGGGCGAUGCCGGCGAAUGCAAACGGCUUUGGCCGGAUUGAGUGGUCGGACGGGAAGCGUGUGGUGGGGAGUCCGGUGGCGGUCAGUUGGGUUUAGAUGGGAAAAAGAUUGCUCGCACAAAGAGUGUGGGUUUUGUUUGCUUAAUCAAAUUAAAUUACAUUAUCUAUAGUAUCAGUGUCUUGGUGUUUAAAUUGUUGUUUGUUUUAAAUUAAAGUUUGUUUUAGUAUGAUGCAAAGGGACAUGGGAAAUUGAAAAUAUUGGGAAGAUCAAGAUUAAGGUGUUUGAUUUCUUGAUAAGUGUACAGUUCUUGGAUGUCACACACAUGCCUUCAUGUAACAUGUUACUACUAUAUUAUAAUCUGAAAUGGAUAACCUAUUUCUUCCAUUUAGCUUUAUGA